AUGGAGAGACAGAAGUUCCCCUUCACUAUUGAGAACAUACUGAGCAAGUAUCCGAGCAGCAGUGGAGAUAAAUGGUCGUAUGGCGCGAGUGGUCUUGCCUUAAAAGAGAAGACAGUGAGUCCUGCUGGAGGCCAAACAGAGGCGGUUCAUCAUGCCUGCCUGUGCUGCUGCUACUGCUCACAUUGUGCUGACAUACUCCAGACUGACUUCAUCCACGAAGCUUGUCAGUAUGGUUGGAACCCGGCAAUCAUCUCAGAUUCAUGCAGCCUGGGAGAGGCUCACAGAGAGGAGCAGUCACCCACUCAGCAGCAGAGGCGAACACGGCGUCACCGUACCAUUUUCACUGAGGAACAGCUGGAUGCACUGGAGGAGCUGUUCCUGCAGAACCAGUAUCCAGAUGUGAACACAAGGGAGAAACUUGCACAGCGCACUCACCUAAGAGAAGAAAGAGUAGAGGUCUGGUUUAAAAACAGAAGAGCCAAGUGGAGACGUCAGAAAAGACUUUCAUUUGUUGUGGGAAACACAGAAAAAAACUAA